UCGAACGGAGACAAGUCUAGCGCAGGCAGUGUAUAUUUGACAAUUGUCGGAAAAUUUUUAUGUGUAAAUUUUUCCUUUCGUAUAAAUAAAUACAUGUGUCGUAUCGAGGUGAAUAUCUUUUCCAUACCACCCGCAUUGGGAUAACGUCUUUUUUGGAACUUGAGUCAAAAUCAUUUCGGCAAAAUACCGUCGUCGUGUUGUCUUCGUUGUUGUCGAUGCUGCUGCUGCUGGCUGCUUCUGCUUCUCUGGUGGAUGUCGACACAGUGUGGUGUAUGCCCUAUUUGAAUUGGCUGAUGAAGUUGGAGCAAUAAAGUGCGUGAGGGUUGUUCGUCAGUGUUAAAGUGACUUUUACGCGAAGCAGAGCUAGCUUGUUAACUUGAACGGAUUAAAGAGAAUUUUUCAAAAAAAAAAAAAAAAAAAAACGAUUUUUACUUUUAAAUAUUUAUUAAUUGUUGAAGAAAAAAAAAAUUCUUUCAAAAUUGUUAGUUCGCCUAACCAAACCUAUGUUAACCCUUUUUUGCAUUUAAACCUUUUUUUUGCGAUUUGAAAAGAAACGUGACUUGCAACGUUAAUUUUGGAUAGAAUUUACUUGCAUUUGCCUACUGGCGCUUGUGUGUCGCGAAGUUUUUCCGCACCACCCACAAAUAUCUCGCGUCCAUCGUUGUUGUUAUUUUGAGUAUUUUUUUUUUUUUACGUUUAUUUAUUGGCCUUUAAGGGGCCAUCAUCAUGUGCGGCUAAGACGGUAUUUUUUUGGGUUUUUAAUUUUAUAGAGUGUUGCAAAAAAAUACCCUUCGUUUGGUGGUAAAACCAAAUUGCAUUUGCAUGUAAAAGAAAAAUAGUUACAAAGUAAUAAAAGUGUAAAAAAAAAUUUACACGAGGUGUAAAAAAUUUAUUUUGUGAAGUUUUUCUGUCAAAUUCAAGAGGAUUACACAAACACAUAUUGGAUCUAAUUUUUCAUUGUAUAAAUGGAUAAAAAUACAUAUUCAAGUCGAUGAUACUAAUAAACCAUGAUUCUCCGAACAUGCAGAUAAAAAUUAUGGACCGAAAAACUUCCGUCUGGACAGCAAUCCUAUUGUUAACGAUCUUUCUCGAAUAUGGAUCGAUUGCAAAGAAACUAAAUGCCAGUCAGGCAUUCGACAACACAUGGCACUCAGAUGUCGAAUUAGAGAACGAACUCGAACAAAAACGCGCCAAAGGUGGCUCCGGUGGCUGGUCUGGUUGGUCUGACUGGUCGACAUGUUCCCGGACGUGCGAUGGCGGUGUAGCCCAACAAAUACGUAGAUGUCACAAUCCAAACGGCUGCAAGGGCGAUACAGUCCGUUUUAGAAUAUGCAACAUGCAGCCAUGUCCUGAACAGCAGGACUUCCGUGCCCAUCAGUGUGCCGCUUACAAUGAUGUACCCUAUGAUGGUACAUUAUAUACGUGGACAACGCACUACGAUUAUGUAGAGCCUUGUGCUUUAACUUGCAGGGGGAGACCUGCACAUCUUUCUGAUGACGUUUCACUGCCAGAGGUUGAUGGUGGCGGUGUCACUGGCCCAGAUGAGUCGGAACACUAUGAUGAGCCGAGUGUCAUUGUGCAGCUGUCAGGCAGAGUACAAGAUGGAACUCGGUGUCGUGCCGGAAGUCUUGAUAUGUGCAUCCAGGGCAAAUGUCAGCGAGUUGGCUGUGACCUAAAGAUUGGUUCGACGAAGAAGAUCGACGCGUGUGGAGUGUGUGGGGGCGAUGGGAAAUCAUGUUCACAACCACUCUAUCAUUGGGAGACGGCACCGAUGUCACUGUGUUCAGUCACCUGUGGAGGGGGAUAUAAGAUGUCCCGACCAACAUGCAGAAAUCGUGUUACUGGUGUCGAAGUGGAAGACACCCUGUGCAGUGCAACUAAUCGGCCCGAGCCAUCUGUGGUACUUUGCAACACUCAUACCUGUCCGCCUAAAUGGGUAGCUGAUGAAUGGAGCCCAUGCAGUCGUCUUUGCGGACCUGGUUAUCGAGAACGAAUGGUUGUGUGUGCGGAGGAAACAAAUGGCAUUAAAACCAGGGUUCCAGACAUCGUAUGCCGAACAGCCAAACCCCCAACUCAAGAGUCUUGUAUGGUACAGGAGUGCCCCAAGUGGGAGGUCGAGGAAUGGUCUGGGUGUUCGGUAACUUGCGGACAUGGAAUCCAAAUGCGUGGCGUCGAAUGCAAGUCCGCAGAUGGUAGUUUAAGUGCGAAAUGCGAUCCACAAACAAAACCUCCAGGAGCUGAACAGUGUACCACUGGGUUGUCUUGCAACGGUGACCAAGAAAUGGAUGAACAAAGUCCCGAUGAAGUUAGUAAAAGUGACGAAGAUGAAGAAGAAGCUGCCGAUGAAGAAGCUGCCGAUGAAGAAGACGGUGAUGGCGGUGAGGAAGUGGAGGAUGUGGAAGACUCUGAACAGGUAUCAUACAACGAUCAACCAAUUUACGCCCAUCAACAAUCGAAUCGACUUCAUCAUGAAGAACUUCCCCCAAGAGCUGAAUCGCUUAUUGGGGGUGGUGGUGGUGGCGGAAGCAGUGAACCAGAACAUCCCUCAUCGGAUCCAACAUUCAUCAAGGACACAGAAUGGUCAGCAUGUAGCGUAACCUGCGGCGAAGGCAUUCGUCGUCGCCCCUACAAAUGCAAGAUCUUCCUCGAAUACAGCCGAACCAUUGCCACUGUCAAUGACAGCCUCUGUGAAGGCCCAAAACCACACGAUGAAGUCGAGCGAUGCGUCGAAGAACCAUGCAUGCUACCCUCACACGGCUAUGACGAACAAUACCCUCGGGAUUCGAUAAAAGUUGGCGUUUCCGAACCCGGCAAAACAUAUGUUUGGCGUGAACAAGGCUACACUAGCUGCAGUGCCUCCUGCCUGGGAGGUGUCGAGGAGCUUAUCAUUAAUUGCGUCCGAGAAGACAACGGACGCGUCGUCUCACCCUUCCUCUGCUCGCCCGAAACAAAACCCGAAGCCCGAGUGCGAACAUGCAACGACCGUCCAUGUCCACCCCGAUGGAACUACUCCGACUACACACCCUGCUCCAAAUCGUGCGGCAUCGGCAUCAAGACCCGGGAAGUCCAAUGCAUUCACGAAGUGACACGGGGUGGCGAGAAUACAAUGGUCGUUCCGAAUAGUAUGUGUCCCCAGCCACCACCAGCAGACCGUCAGUAUUGCAAUGUCCUCGAUUGUCCGGUGCGAUGGGAAGUGGGCGAAUGGUCAAAGUGUUCGCACACAUGCGGCUAUGGUAUAAAAGAACGCAAGGUCGAGUGCAAGCAAAUAAUGGCUCAGGAACACAAAAUUGAACGGCCCGAAUCGAUGUGCCCCAGUGCUAAACCAGCCGAUAAGAAGCCAUGCAACGUGAAGCCAUGUCCCCCCGAAGACCCCAAGCCCAUAAUAUCCAUCAACAAUAGCACACAUAUACAGCACGAUCCGAAGAAGAGUAAAAUCACAUUGAAAGUGGGCGGGGCGGCGGUAGUGUUUUUCGGGACACAAGUGAAAAUCAAGUGUCCAGUGAAGAGGUACAAUCGAACGAAAAUACGUUGGACAAAAGACCACAAGCCUCUGGCUAAAUCGAGGAAGUUCAAAGUCUCGAAGAAGGGAGCCCUGCGGGUAUUGGAUAUUACAUUCCGGGAUGCCGGAGUGUAUUCGUGUCAUGCGGGACUGAGCACUGCUGAGAUUAAUAUCGAUGUUAAAGCGAAGCCCGGAACUCAGCCGGAAGAUUAUGAGAAACACGAAUCAGACCGUCUGGUCCGGGAAAGAAGUGGCACUGAACCUCUUACCUCUGCCGACAUGACAUCUGACGUUGGACCACAAAAUACUCAAAGAAGACAAAAACAACAAGCCAAUGGCAGAGAAAGAAGCCGUCGACCAAAAUCCGACGGAGUGCAGCAUGCUGAUAGUAGCAUAAUGGAAGAUGAGAAUCGUCUUAUUCAACAGGCACAGGAUGGUGUGCCCCAAACAGCAGCAAGUAGUUCUGGUAAUCGAGCUAUGACACUCCUAUCAAUGCCUUAUUUUCAAGCCCUUUUAGACAAUCUACAGUACCUAUGGCCAUUACAGAAAUUUAGCAACUCAAAAGGACAUCAUUUAUUAAUGGAAAAGGGUUUGCAAUUUGGUGUCGAUUUGGAACGAUUUGAAAAGGAUGAACCAGCUAAGCCACAGAUGAUUAUGAAAGAAUUUAGAAUUGAAGAUGACGACGAUGGUGAUGCAACUGUUGCUGCUUUAUCUGAUGACGAUAACGACCGACACAAAGGACACACGUUGAAAAAACUAAAGCAUCAUAACCACAUAUUGCAGCAAGGAGAAUAUGAAAAGCAGCAACGUAGAAAUACGAACGAGAUCACGUUCAAAUGGGUAACCAGUGAUUGGUCAGAGUGCUCAGAACAUUGUGGUUCCGGAAGUGGAUUAAGGAGACGAACAGCAACUUGUGUCCAAGUAACAGAACCAAACAAUCCAAUAUUAUCGAUAGAAAAUUCGACAACAACGAUAAUUGUUGACAAUGUCGAAUGUGAAGAUGCCGGUUUGAAUAUUCCCGAUACAUUUGAAUCAUGUGGCAAUGAAGUGUGUCCCCAAUGGCAAGUGGGCGAAUGGACAAUUUGCCAACAGGCUAGAUGUUUUGGCCGCCAUACAGCCAUUCAGAAGAGAGAAGUCAUUUGCAAAUACAUCAAUGACACUCUUAGUGACGGAUGUGAUGAGCAAGAAAAGCCCAUCAGCCGGCAGGAGUGCAACAAUGAACUAUGCAAAGGGAUCUGGAGGGUUGAGCCAUGGUCUGAGUGUAAUGCUCCAUGUGGUCGUCAAGGCCUCAAAUACAGAAUAUUGCAGUGCGUGUGGUAUGGCACUCGACGACCGGCUGGAAAUGAGUGCAAACAUCAACCGCGACCCGCGGUAAUGAAAGUGUGUAAAAGUCCUCAGUGUUCUACAAAGGCUCGUUGCAAGGAUUCGUCUCGGUAUUGUAAAAAUGUUCGCUCAAUGGGUCUCUGUCGAUUACAUCGUUAUCAAGAAAAAUGCUGCAAAUCAUGUAAAUUCAACAUAUUUUAACAUCAACAAAUAGUUUACAACACCUGACAAAUAUAAUUAUAUAUAAUAAAAAAAAAUUCCAUCAACCUUCAAACCAAAAAGAAAAAUAACUAACAAAAAAUUAAGUUUCCUUUCAAAGGCAAAUCUAUGACUUUAUGACAUUUUUUGAGUCCAUGUAGAUUCAUUCAAUUAAAAUGCUAAAUUGUUACAUACAAAAAAAAUAACCAUUAUUCAUAAAAAAACAAGAAUUAUUAUACAAAAUGCGACAAAGUUAUAUAUAACUAAAAACAUAACGAAAACCAAAACUAACAAAAAAAAAUGAUACGAGAAACAAAUUGCAAUUAUAAUGAUAUUAUCGUUAUUUAGGAAAAGGAACAAAAAAAACUGUUUUUAUUUUUAAUGUCUAAGCUUUGUUAAACAAUAAAAUUAAUAAAUAAAUAAUUAUAUAUAAAUAUGAUAGUCGAGAUAAAAAAUAAAAUAAA